AUGACAUCAAUAUUAUCAAAUGUAGAAACAACUUCUACUGAUUCAUUUCAAUAUAACGAUAAUAAUAAUAAUAAUACUAAUAAUAAUAAUUACCAAAAUGAAGAACGACUACAACCAUCACUAAAUUAUUCAGCUCCAAUAUCACCAAAUACUUCAAAUAAAAUAAAUAAUACUCAACAAUAUGAUAAUAUAGAAGGUAAUAUCGAUGAUUACUUCUCAUUAGAACAAACUGAUGGAAAAGGUUGGUUGAAUGAUUAUGCAGUACCUUAUAGUCUCAUAAAUUAUAGUUUAUCAACUGAAACAUCAACAAAAAUAAAUUUUAAUGAAAAUGAAAGAGAUUCACAAUUUGUAUUUCGACCAAAUUUUAACUUAAGAGAAAUUGAACAUUCAGCUUUCGGUAGAAUAGAUUUAAAUGUUUCAGAAAUUAUACCACCAAUUGAAACAGAAGAAUUAAAAAUUAAAAAAAAACAAUUAUUAUCAGCUGCUGAAGAAAAAAUUGAUGCAUUUUCUGGUUAUAUUACUACACCAAAAGUUUCAUUUAAUAUACCAAAUUCAAUAAGAAAUGAUAAAAGGAAAUUAAAAUUAAUGUCUGAUGUUCCAAAAGUUUGUUUCCAAAAUCUUUUUGCAAUUGAUGAAGUAAGUUAUAUAUUUGGAGGAUUAUUUGUAACAAAAUUUUCAACUUUUAAUCAUCUUGGUAUAACUUCUGAAACACACCUUAAAAAGUUAUCAAUAUAUUUUCCAUAUAAAGUACCACCAUUUGUUGAUUCUAAAAUGUUAACUAGUCCCUUUUUACAACCAAAUCCUCAUUUUAUUACUUAUAAUGCUAUAAGAGGUACAGUAACAUAUAUGGAUACCUCAAAUUUAGGUGAUUUUCCUGGCCAUUUAUUGUCAAUGAUAUCAACACAAAUAUCUCCAAGACAUUAUUUCUUUUAUGGUGGAUUUCAUAUUGAAGAUAUAUCAAAAAAAUAUCAUCGAAAUAUAGAUAAAUGGAUAAUUAAGAAAAAAAUAGUAAUGAAUGAAGAUGGUUAUAUAUUAGAUACAAUAACUUUGAAAUUUACUAAAAUAGCAUUAGAAAAAAGUGAAAAAAUUAAUAAUGUAGGUAGAAUUGGACUGGGAAUAUGUUCUAAUAUUUAUGAUUUACAAAAUGCUGAAAAGGAAAAAAUAUUUGAUCAAAGAGUUUCCCUGCCAUCAAAUUCAGAAGCAAGAGAUCAAUCAAAUAAUUCACGAGAUCAAUCAAAUAACUCACCCAUAACAAAACAAACAACAAAUAGAAAUAAAGCUGGUAGAGAUUCACCAAUUUUUAGUAGAGAAGAAGAUUCUCAAUCACAACAUAUACCCCCACAAUCACAACAACCUACUGAUGAUGAAAAAAUCAAACCCAAAUUGCAUAAAAUUGUUACAUCACAAUCUACUGGUUCUUUUCCUGAACCUAAAACUUCAUCAUCAUCAAGUUCCUCCAAAAUGGAUAAAUUUAAGAAUAAGUUUCAUCGAACAAAUUUGAAAAACACAUACUCCCAAAAAGUUAGAGAAAAAAGAUCAAAUUCAACUAAUAAUAGCUCUGGUGGAAGUAGUAGAGCUGUAUCGCCUGUUUUAAAUGCUGCACCAGCUCCAACACAAUCAAACUAUAAUAAUUCUGGUGGUGCUUCAGUCAUAUCUCAAGGUACAACUAGCACAACAACAACCGCUCAUCCAACACCUCAUUCACAUUCACAACAACCAUCUGUAUCUACUACUGGUAGUAAUAAUAAUAACAAUUUAACUACACCAAUCGUUCCCACACCAACUUUGGCUGCUCAAUCACCUAUUACUUCACCAGUUUUCUCAGCAAGACCAAUUACACCAUUACUUUAUAAUCAAAAUAAAUUCAGACAAGACAAUAGUGGAAGAUCUUCACCAAAUAAAGAUGUUAUAGAAUUUGUUAAAACAGAUCAUGCAAAUGAAUCCAAAAAUCAUUCACCACAUAAUGAAGAUCAACCACUUGAAGAUAGUUUUACAACAAGGUCAAAAUCACCCAAUCCAUUAUUUGUUGAUUCAAAUUCACUAUCUGGUGUAUCAGUUUUCGUAUUUGGUGGAUUCGUAUUAGAUGAAAUACCAGAUGAAAAAGGUAUACGCCAUUUUAAAGCAAAUAAUGAUUUAUUGAAAAUAGAUAUCUCAACAAAAGAAGAACAUACAAUAAUAAAUAUUAUAUCAUUUUUAUCAACUGGUAUAGUUUCAAGAGUUGGAUCAAAUCCAGAAACUUGUGAUAUAAUUUUACAAGAAGAUGAAUAUUGGCCAAGUCCAAGAGGAUAUUUUGCACAUAUAAUGAUAGAUUAUACAAGAGGAUUAGAUGAAGGUUGCUUGUUGGAUGUAUCAGGACUUGAUGAACAACAAAUUCCACCAAGAGCAGCAUCUCCAGAUUUAAGUAUUAGUGGAAGUUCGGGCUCAUUUCAAAUCGGUGGAGCUCCAAGUGUUAUAAUGCAAGAAGAAGAACCAUUACAAAUUCAAUCUUUUUUCAAAAAAAGAACAAUGAUGAUUCAGGGAGGUUGUAAUGAAAAUAAUGAAUUUUUCAGUGAUUUCUAUAGAUUUAUUUUUGAAACUUGUAAAUGGGAAAAAGUUACUACAUAUACAUAUGAUUAUUUUAAUAAACCAAUAAAACCAGGGGAAGAUGAAGAUGCAACUGAAUUUACGAUGGAUAAUGUUGUUGCUGACCCAGAAUUAAAAGAAGCAGAAUUAAGAUGUUGUCAUCAUACAUGUUUAUAUUAUCAAAAUGAAGAAAGAGGAUAUUUAUUCUUUGUUGGUGGUGUUAAACAAGAUCAUUUAAGAUUUUUAGAUAAAACUCCUUACGUAUCAGAUAAAUAUGAUGUUUCUAGAUUCAGUAAAUUACCAUUAAUUACAAACAACACGAAUACAAUGAGAAUAGCAGUUUUAAAUAUCCAAACUCAAACAUGGAGAUUUAUGAGAUAUUAUUAUGAUGUAAAUCAUGCAAUGAAUGAUUCUUGGGUAAAUAGAAUGUUAACUAAUGAAGCUGCUUUUAUGAAUUCUAGAAUUUCUCAUGUUGCUGGAACUACAAAUUUAACAGGUAAAACAUUAACAUUAUCUCAAGGUUUAGUAAUUAUAUCACCUGCUAAAAAGGAAGAUUUAAAAGAAUUAGAGAAAGAAAUACCAUGUCAAGAAAUGUUCUGGGGUGGUCAAGUACAACUCACUUUCGCUGGUCUUUGA